AUGACGCCUGCCUAUCAUUAUGUUAAAAUUCAGUUCGUUGAUCUUGUGGUUGGUGUCGAAAUUGAAUUGUUAGAUUGUAUAGAUGUUGUGCUGUCAUUAGUUAUCAUUAUCUUAGAUUUAGGAGCUUUAUUGAUUUGUAUUUCGACAUGUAGAGAAUUUGCCUCUGUUUUAAGAGGUUUUACUACAACGGAAUCUGUAACCCAAUCCGAAACCACUGCCCGACCAACAUCACCAACUCAACAAAACCAACACAGUGAAUCGCCAAUAGCAAACAUCUCUUCAACUAAACCUCAAGAAAGCUCAUCAGCAAGGGUCGUGGUCUAUGAUUUUAAUUUGCCAAGUUCUUCCACUGAAACUAAAGAUAACACUGGUUCUCAAUUAGAUACUCCAAUUAAAAAAUAUCUCACCGACAAUAUGUUUCAAGAAGAUCUCGAUUGUUUUAAGUAUCAGCGGGCCUUUCAAAUUUAUCAGUCUAAAGAUAGAUUAGAUUCGGAUAUUUCCACUGAAUCGCAAGAAGUCUCCGAGCAAAAUUCAGAAUAUCAAACGCGGCAUUUGCACUCGUUAAAGGAUGUACAAGUUCUUCGUGAUCAGAUAGCAUUACGUGAAUAUCUUUCACGUCACAGUUCUUCAGUUCGUCAACCACAUCAAGUUUCAGCAUUCAAUUGUAUAGCUCACAACCUUUCCAGUGCAGAUGAUGAUGAUCUAUGCGACGUGAGAGAUCUGAAACCCAUUCAAGAAUCAGCAAUUUACACAGGUCGUAUGGUCGAGGAUAUAAUUCGUGAGGAUGAUGAAAUUACUAGGUUAACCAGAGAACUUUCUUUGGAAAUAAUGGAGUCUGUUGCUAUGGAUGUUAAAUUCUUGGAACAGUCAGCGAAAAACGUACAUGAGUCUGAACAGCAAACUGAUCCAAAUCCAAAACUCUUAUUAGAUAUUGAAAGAGAUUAUCUCUCUCCGAAACCAGAUGAUAAAAGUCCAUUAACUUUUGAUGACCUCAGAACCCCAACGCCAAUUGAUUGGAACGAAGUUCCUCAAGGAGAAGCAAGCCCAUCAGCUAUUCCAAGUUGGGCAGUUCUACCUGAAUGGGCAUUAGACAAAACAGAAUAAGAGACAUUUUUAACAUGGUUAUUGCGUUUUUAGUGCUAUGUAUCUUUGCAAAAUAACUGAUGUCUAUGACAAAAUUGUAUUAAAUCCUGAAAUU